GCAGCUCGAGUUGCAGGCUCUGCGUCGUGAACUUGGUGAGGUGCGAGGGCUGCUCGCCCGCUUGGAGGCCAGGGUGCAGGCCUUGGAGGAGGAAGCCGCCUUUGAGUUAGUCGAUUCCUUGCCCGACCCCUCCGCGGGAUCAGGGGGAGUGGAUCUCUCCCUGACCGUCUCUCUCGGAGAGGAAGUCUUCGUAGACCAUUCUUCUUCUUCGAUUCCUGGACCGCCUACCUCCUUGUUUCGCACGGCAGUGGCGGAGGAAGUGGGACGAUUCCUCAGGCGAGCCCUGGACGGGAGGUUCCUUCAGAGCUCAGGGCGAGGAGCCUUGAAUUUGAGCUCCAAAUUCUAUAUCGUGCUUGCCGACUUCGAGGGUGGGCGCUUCGAGGAUCCUUGCGUCUUCUCAAUUUUCCAUCGUACGAAGGCUCUCUGUAUUCGUGGGCCAGUCAAAGGCCAAUCCAUCUUCGUCGGUCUCCCGAGUCAGACUGAGGACGGGGCCGACCGUGGGGAGCCUCUUGCCCUUCAGAGGCUUCGUGACCACUCCUUGGAGGGCGUUACUCCACAGAUUGGAGAGCUCCGGAUUCCUACUGAAGGGGCUCCCGAGGUGUCGUGCGCUAUCGUUAUCAUUGUUGAGAUUGAAGACUCUUUCUUGGUGGCGGUCCCGCAGACGGCAUGGCAUCGUACGGCGGGGCGUCGCUAUUUUCCCCGGAUCGUGUUGGCUCGACCGGUGCCGAAGCCGCCGCAGGGGCGAGUGUCCCCGAGCACCUUUCGCUCGAGCUUUGCCGGCACGGCCUUCAGCGGGGCCUCUGGGCUCGUCUUCUCUCCCCGAUGCAAGCCUACCUCCGUGAGCGAGGCGAGCUCCCGGAUGAUCAGGGUAUGCCGGAUGAGAUAUACACUUCUCGUCUUUGGCGAAGCGAGUCGCAGCCUAGCCAUUGGCCGGCAAGUUUGGGUGAAACGUAAGAAGCUGUACUUACGGACGAGUAGUAGCACUGUACAAGUCGACUCGCGUUCUCGCUCUUACUGA